AUGCGGUUCACUGACUUGAUCCGCUUGGGUAAGCAGCCUUUGCCGGCUGACCCGCGGAACCCCGGAUCAGUGCCCGAAGGCUACGGGCAGGAAAGCGGCCAACAGACAGAAUCAGACGGCGGUCCGAGUCCCGUCGACCUCGCUGCACUGACGCUUGGAGACGGUGAGACCGCCUGGGAGACACACACAUACUACAACCUCUGGGCUAAAGCAUACGAGACCGUAAGAGAAGAUCCGGGUCAUCAGGGGCUCCUUGAUGAUUUCGAGAAGUACAUCAGGGACGGCAAAGAUGCGUCAUUGGGUGGCGCAGGAGAAGGUGAAGCCCAAAACUUUUCGGAUGCCAAACGCCUCGAAGCUAUCCAAAAAGCUGCUAAAGAGAAGCUCGAUGAGCUCCCUAGGACCCGUUUGUCACUCUCCAUUGCCGGAAAGUCCAUUGCCGUUCGGACGGCCGUCCAAAAGACCAUCAGAGCCGUGGCCGCUUUCAAGGAUGUUAUCAGCUCUGCCAUCUCCGCCCAACCCUUUGCUGCCCUUGCUUGGGCCGGGGUUAUGGCCAUUCUUCCCUUUCUUGAGAAUGGGUUGCAGCAGGACGACGAUGCCGCAGACGGUUUGAACAACAUUAUCUUUCUCCUUGUUCGGUACCAGGACGGCAACCAAACAUGGCUCUUGCUAGAGCUCAAGUGCGCCGGAAACACCCUCUUCGACUCCGCUGAAGUCGUUUGUGGCACCGAGACGCAAUGCCUGGAAGGCACUCGAGUGAGCAUCCUCAACGACAUCCAAGACUGGGUCGAUGACCCCGCGGCGGAACCUAUCUACUGGUUGCAUGGAAUGGCUGGCACUGGCAAGACCAGCGUCGCCCUGACCGUGGCGAAUGCGCUGAACCAUCAGCAGCCCUUCGCUGGUAGUGGCCGCUCCCCACCCCAUGGUGCUUUCCUCGGAGCCAGCUUCUUCUUCAAGCAAGGAGAUGCAACCAGAAACAGUACGAAGAUGUUCUUCACCACCAUCGCGAGGCGCCUGGCGCAAGAGCUCCCAGACCUCAAAGUUCACAUAGCCAAUUCUGUCAAAGAGGAUUUAGAGAUCGGAUCGAAAGACCCCUUCAAGCAAUUCCAAAACCUGAUCCUCAAUCCUCUUUCUUUACUAGACCAGGAGACAUUGCUCUCGAUACGUUUAGUGGUCACCGUCGAUGCAUUGGAUGAGUGCAUUUACCAAACCGACGUUGAGCAGCUGCUCAGCAUGCUAGUGGCUAUUCAAAGCCUUCAUCGAGUCCAGCUACGCAUGUUUAUCACCAGCAGACCAGACGACUAUAUCGUCAGAAGCUUCGAGGAGCUGCCCAGCUCCCUGUAUCGCUCGUCGGUUCUCGACAAGGUUCCUUAUCCUGCGUGCGAAACGAACCAGGAGGAUGAUAUUACGAGGUAUCUCACACAUACGUUGACUGGCAUCGUCAAGAAACGGAAAGUACCGCCAGAUUGGAUCGACCAAAAUGGAAUCGCAAAGCUCGGCCAGAAGUCUGAUGGACUAUUCAUCUACGCAGCGACCGCGUGCCGCUUUCUGGAUGCUGAGGAAUUUUCUGACCCAGAUUCCCGGCAGGAACUCCUCGAUGUGAUUUUCGACAACCUGGUGGACCGUGGUGCCCCUCAGGAGAAGGCCGAUGAGAUAUACCUCAAGGUUUUGAGUUUCAGACACCUUGAAAAUGCGAGGGUGACAACGAGGCGGAGGUUUUUCGCAUCAAUUACCAAGAUCCUUGGCUUUAUCGCUGUUUUUUGCGAGCCCGUUUCCACGUCUUCACUUGCCGACUUCCUUUUGCUCCAAAGACCAGAGCUCGACGAGAAGUUACGGCGGCUUCACUCCGUCAUAGCUAUCCCGCGGGAGGGGAAUCUCCCAAUAACUCUUGUCCACCUCUCAUUCCGUGACUUUCUCCUAAAGCGAGGAGCGCUCGCGGGGACUUCCUUUCCGGGUUGA